AUGUCCGUCGAUAUCCAUACGGUGCCGAAGGCGUCAGCCUCGAGCAAUGCCAAGCUCAACAAGAUCUCUAGCAUCCUCACGCAGGAUAAGGCACGCGGAGGUGCCCAAGCCAUGUUAUACGCGGUUGGUUUGACAGAGGAGGACAUGAAUAAGCCCCAGAUUGGUAUUUCUCCGAUAUGGUGGGAGGGAAACCCGUGCAACUCGCACCUUCUGGAACUUGCCAUGAAAGUUAAAGAGGGCUGCAAACAAGAGGGCCUCGUUGGUCUCACAUUCAACACCAUUGGUGUCAGCGACGCUAUUACGAUGGGUACUGAUGGAAUGAGAUAUUCGCUUCCGAGUCGUGACUUGAUUGCGGACUCUAUUGAAGCGGUCACACUGGCACAAUACUACGACGCCAACAUCUCGCUCCCGGGAUGUGACAAGAACAUGCCGGGAACUGUCAUGGCUGCAGCUCGCCACAAUCGCCCAACUAUCAUCGUUUACGGCGGUACCAUUCAGCAUGGUGUUCGGAACGUCGACUGUCCCGCACUCGGUCACAAGAAGGGUGAUGACAUGAACAUCGCCGAUGCCUUUGAAUCCUAUGGUGCUUUCGCCGUCGGGAACAUUAGCGAGGAGGAACGUUUCGAUGUUGUCCGUUACUCGUGUCCUGGGGCAGGUGCUUGCGGAGGCAUUGCCAACACCAUGUCGAGUGCUCUGGAGGUGUUGGGCAUGUCGUUGCCUUAUUCCUCCAGCACGCCAGCCACCUACCCCGAAAAGGCCCAAGAGUGCUUCAAAGCUGCGAAGUACAUGAGGACAUUGCUUGAACUUGACAUUAAGCCGAAGGACAUCCUCACCCGCGCAGCAUUCGUGAACGCCAUCACCGUCGUCAACGUUUUGGGUGGCUCGACGAAUUCGGUCCUACACCUUCUGGCAAUGUCUCGUGCCGCUGAUGUCAAUCUCACGAUCGAUGACUUCCAGGAGAUCGCUGACAGGACGCCGUACUUAUGCGACCUCAAGCCAUCUGGAAAGUACCUGAUGGAGAACCUGCACAAGGUCGGCGGUAUCCCAUCAUUGCUGAAGUACCUCUUGAAGAACACCAACCUCAUUGACGGAAGCACGCUGACCGUCACCGGGAAGACGCUCGCUGAAAACGUAGAAGACGCUGUCGACCUGGAAUUCGAGAAUCAGGGCGUCAUUCGACCAUUGAGCAACCCGAUCAAACCGACUGGCCACUUGACGAUCCUCCGCGGAAAUCUUGCGCCAGGAACGGCCGUAGCGAAGCUGACUGGUAAGGAGGGGCUGCGUUUCGAGGGUGUUGCGAAAUGCUUCGACCGCGUGGGAGAUUUCUAUCCUGCUUUGGAGGCGGGUCAAGUUAAGGAGGGUAUGGUGCUUGUCUUCCGUUACCAGGGCCCCAAGGGCGCGCCCGGAAUGCCGGAGAUGUUGGGCCCCACCAGUGCCCUCAUGGGUGCAGGCUUGGGCGGCAAGACGGCUCUGAUCACAGACGGCCGUUUCUCAGGUGCCUCUCGAGGAUUCAUCAUCGGUCACGUCGUACCCGAGGCGCAGCUGGGCGGCCCCAUCGGGCUUGUUCAGGAUGGGGAUAAGAUCACGAUCGAUGCGGCGACACGCACGAUUACCUGGGACGUCGACGAGCAAGAGCAGACGCGCCGCCGUGCGUCGUGGGAGGCGAACGGACCGCGCGAGUUCCGCGAGAAGCGCGGUGUGCUGUACCGUUACGCACGGGACGUCGCAGCCGCGAACGUUGGCGCAUACUGCGACUAA